AUGCAGAAACAGCUGCAGGCAAUAUCCAGAGACAAAAAGCUAUGCAGCAGCUACUUGAUCAAAUCCGAAUGGGAGCCAAGUGACAAAUCAGGCGAGGAAACAGAUGAUGGUGAUUCCAGCUCUAGUUUGGACUCCUCUACCAGUCAGCCCUUCACCUUUUCUGGUGUUGAGAAAUAUCGUAAAGACACCAUGGAAAAGGUUGAGAUCACAUGGCUUUCCUUUCAGAUCAUCAAGUAUGUAUGCAGUCCCACUGCUGGUCCUUUAGGAGCUGUGCACGAGCAAAGCUUUGUGGUGUACAGCCAAAACAUGAUGGCCGGCCGAUGCAAAACAAAGUUUGACAUUAUUAAGUUGUUGAGGGACAUUGGUGUUGUAUUUCACUGUCGGGAGCGGAUCCAGAAGUUCAAGACAGAGCUUGACAAAUUUUGGAAAGAUCCACAUGAUCCAUCUGCUGCAACUGCCUUUGCAGAACAAGUUGGAAAGUGGGCACUCCAAACUAAACCCUCAGAGUCCGUGGAUAUUAUGGCGGGGGAAAUGAAAAGAUUGGCAAAAAUCUUUUUGCGGAACAAGCAUUAUUCCAUCACCAAAGACGGACUAAAAAAGAACCAGAAAAGACCAUGGGGGCUCUGGAAGUCUUUGGUUCUUGCCCGGAUUUUUUUCCUAUAUAAACAGGCGAGAGAAGAUUGUGAUGCAGCUGGCGGAGACAAAAAGGAGGACGAUGCCACCAAUGAAGAUGGUGAAGAUGAUGACGAUGAUGAUGAUGUAGAUGACGACAAGGAUGAUGAUGAAGAUGACAGUGAUGACGAUGAUGAAGAUACCAACAAGGAUGAUGAUGAAGAUGACGACAACAAUACUGCUGCUGGUGAUCCUGGAGUCCAAACAAGUGUCAUAAAAUCCCACAUACAAGUUGGCAAUCUUGCUGUAUGCAACUUUGAGCAAAUGGAGGAUGUAUUCUCCGAAUUCAUUGUCCACACCCAAACAAAGAAGCUACCGUCUCCACCUUGCGCCCUGCGAAAUUUAUUUGGGGAUGGAUUUCUCUUUCCAUCCUCAUAA